AUGAAAGAGGUAAUGGAGGUAUCACCAGACGCGCCUAGGCGCACCCGCGCGGCUUUAGCCGAGAUACCCGCGCGACUUGACCGUCUGCGUGUAACGCCUUUACGCACUUUAACCAAUACUAGGGAAGUGUCACCGUCUCUCCCACCAGGAUACUUGAGCCCUGCACCGUCUCCUGAUGAGUUUCUCAUUCAACAGAGAGGUCGCAAGCGUCUCCCUGUGACAUGGUCGCCGGACAUCGACCUAAAGCGAUCAACCUUCCUAUCAACAGUACGUACACCACCGAAAAAUACUCCAGGUAGGAACUCUCCUCCAAAGCUAGGUGUUACAUUACGUUCUACACCAAGAAAACGUCUCCUAUUAGGGGAUAUCGAACGCGUACCUCUAACCCCCGAAAAGAUAGACUUCAGUGACUUAAGUACACCUCAGAAAUUCAAAAUUAAUAGUCCAAUUAAACUCACCCCACCAAUAAAACGUAUGCGUCUGGAAAAAACGUUCGACGGAGAAUUUAAGGGUCCUUUAGACACCGCUUUAAAAGGGCUAAGUCCAACCCAACUUAUCCAUAUGAUAAAAAGAAUCACCCACAAACACCCUGAAGUGGAGCAAGAGAUACGUCAAGAUAUGCCCACACCAGACUUGUCGCCAUUGGAAGAAAAACUGUGCUAUCUUAAAUCUAACAUAUUUAAGAGCUUACCAACUUCUCGUUUGACAUCGAAAACCGAUUCGCCGGCAUACACCCGUGUAGCGACUCACUUGGCCGCGUUUAAGAAGUGUUUAGUUGAACAGGGGAAAGUGCUAGUAGAGUCACAGCAUUGGGAGUCUGUAAUAAAGUAUGUUUUCUUGGCAUGGUCUUAUGUCCGAGCGACACCGGUUUGGGAUAACCAACCCCACAAUGCUCAUCGCAAACAAUGCUUUAAAGCACUCAAUAAUUUUUGUAUGACGGCCCUCAAAAAGGGUGGCUUUACUAAAGAUUUUAUAGUCGAUAUCGAAGAUAAACUACAAGGUAUGGAGGCUGAUAGUGAAGAAGUACAGUCUUGUAUUAAAUAUGUUCAAGGGCUAAUGCAAAAU